AUGACCGACUACACCACGGGCAUCAUGCCCCUGAACCCGGUGCACAAGCCGCCGUAUACCAUUGAAGCUCCCGGCUACGAGAAAGUCCCCGGCGAAACGAUUCCUCGUCGUCACCCCCGAGCUAAGAACGGUCUUCUUUCUCGCCCAGCCGACGACGUCCAGAAUAUCUUUGACAUUGUGCGCCACAGCGCUCGUGUCUAUCCCAAUCACCAAGCCUUGGGCUCUCGCAAGCUGAUCGAGCUUCACAAGGAGACCAAGAAGGUCAAGAAGAAUGUUGGCGGCGAGGUCCAGGAAGUUGACAAGGAGUGGCAGUUUUUUGAACUCUCAAACUACAGCUACCUGACCUACAAGGAGUAUGAGACUAGAGUCCUUCAACUUGGUUCUGGUCUUCGCAAGCUUGGCCUGACUCCGGAGAACAAGCUUCACUUGUUCGCUACAACCAGUUUGCCGUGGAUCUCCAUGUCACACGCUUGCGCGUCACAGUCCAUUUCCAUUGUUACCGCCUAUGAUACUCUCGGCGAGAGCGGCGUUGAGCACUCACUUGUCCAGACUGAUGCCACUGCCAUGUUUGUUGACCCGCACCUGCUCAAGACGGCUGUCAACCCCAUCAAGAAGUCGAGUGUAAAGACCGUCAUUAUCAACGAAGAUUGUAUUUUCGCUACCGGUGGCGAGGUUGAAGAGUUCAAGAAGAACAACCCCGACCUCAAAGUCUUGACUUACGAUGAGCUUCGCCAACUUGGUGAAGAGAACAUGGUUGAAGCCGUCCCUCCCAAGCCCGAGGAUCUCUACUGCAUUAUGUAUACUUCCGGCUCAACCGGUCUGCCCAAGGGAGCCUGCCUUACUCACGAGGCUGUCGUUGCGGCUGUUACCGGUUUACUUACCUGCGUUGACGAGUGUGUUAGCGACAAGGAAUUUGUCCUAGCUUACUUGCCUCUCGCCCACAUUUUCGAGAUGGUUCUCGAGAACCUGGUUCUGUUCAUUGGAGGCACCUUGGGCUACGGCAACCCACGCACCCUCUCCGACGUGUCCAUGAAGAACUGCGCAGGUGACAUGCGCGAAUUCCGUCCCACGGCCCUGGUCGGUGUGCCACAGGUCUGGGAGACAGUCAAGAAAGGUGUCAUGGCUAAGCUCGAUACCUCGAGCCCAUUGCUGAAGAACCUCUUUUGGGGAGCAUUCAACUACAAAUCUUUCAUGUCGAGAAACAAGCUGCCACUUGCGAGCUUAUUCGACGGUAUUGUCUUCGCCAAGGUUCGAGAGCUGACCGGCGGUCGACUUCGAUUCACCAUGAAUGGUGCCAGUGGUAUUUCCGACAGCACCAAGCAGUUCCUCUCUCUGGUCCUUGCGCCAAUGUUGGUUGGUUAUGGUCUCACCGAGACCUGUGCCAAUGGUGCCCUCGGCUGCCCUCUCGAGUUCUCUCCAAACUCCAUCGGCCCCAUCCCCGCGGCUAUCGACGUCAAGCUCGUUUCUGUUCCCGAGCUUGGAUAUAAUACCGACAACGUCAAGGUGCCCCAGGGCGAAAUUUGGAUGAAGGGAUUGCCCAUUCUCAAGGAAUACUAUAACAACCCUGAAGAAACUGCCAAGGCUGUUACCCCCGAUGGCUGGUUCAAGACUGGCGAUAUUGGCGAGUUUGAUAACCACGGUCACUUGCGGGUCAUCGACAGAGUCAAAAACUUGGUUAAGAUGCAGGGUGGUGAGUACAUCGCGUUGGAGAAGGUCGAGUCGAUCUAUCGUGGGGCUCAAACCGUCAGCAACGUCAUGAUUCACGCUGAUGCCGAACACUCCCGACCCAUCGCUGUUAUUAUGCCCAACGAGAAGGUCCUUGUAGACAGGGCAAAGGACCUCGGAGUUGACGAGCAUGACAUGCACACCAACCCCAAGGUCCGAGACGCUGUUCUCAAGGAUCUUCAGGCUACUGGCAGACGCGCUGGUCUGUCGUCAAUGGAGAUUGUCUGUGGCGUUGUUCUGACUGAUGAGGAGUGGACUCCUCCCAGCGGCCUGGUUACUGCUACCCAGAAACUGAACCGACGAGUUAUCCGCGACCGAUUUAAGAAGGAGAUUGCGGAAUGCCUGAAGAACGCUUAA